UCAUGUGUUGAGCCUUUGAGGACGAAAAGCUUUUCCAUCUUCGGAUCACCGAACAAGGCGAACAUCCCCCCUUUUUCGAAGGUUUUUAUAAAUGGUGCCCUAACUUUACCAAUUCCGGCCCACAAUUUCUAACGCAAAUUUUGUUCAUUUUGAUCCAAAAUUCUUCAGAUCUCUUAUUAAGCUCCUUGAUUUGAUCUGCUAUUUUUUCAAUUCGACCUAUUCUCUGUCGAUCGAUUCCAAUUUUGUUCGUCGUUGUGGCCUGGAUUCGGUUAUUGGAUUAGGGCUUCGAAGAUCUUUGUAAGGAUCUUCGAUUUCGAGAGGGGUUCGCUUGAUAUUAAUCUAAGAUUUUAUAUUUAUCUACGUUUUGAUGAUUAUUUUAUUGAUUUUUUCAAAAAUUUGACAAUUUGUUGCUACUCUUUUAUCAUUUUUGUAUUUUUUAAAUUUCUUCCCUUGUUUUAAGAAUUCUUGUAUCUCUAAUUUUUUUUCCGUCUGAGACAAGUUUGAAUUCUUUCGCAUUAUCGUUUUCGUCCAGUCUGUGCUGCUUUCAAUUUCCCGGCGACGGUUUUGCGGGUUAAGAAUCCAUGUCAAUGGCUGUAAGAUUAAAGCAGUUGCAUGCUUGGGACCACCCAGCUGCACAGGAUAGGGGUGGGGAGGAGUUACAUUGGAAGAUACAUUGUUUCUCCUUAUGGUUUUGGAGGUGAGUAUGGUUCAUAAACGGCCUUUUGGUGACGAUAAUUCUCUUGAUGUUGUUUGUAAAUACGCAAGACAAGGGGAGCAUCCCGGUGAGCUUGGUUCGACUGUUCCUUCUAGUGAAGCUCCCCAUGAAGGUCAAGCAUCAGGUGCAGGCUUCUAUACUAAGCUUCAAGAUGAAGGGAUUCUUGGAAGUGCCCCGGUUCCUACAAUUCCAGAUGGCACUGACAGGGAAUUGGAAAAUAGUUCUGCUCGUAUUUCACAUUUCUUUCUGGUUAAUAGCAGAGUUCCCAAGUCAGAUGCAGCACUACAUCUAUCGUUUUUUCCAGAAUUUUUGGAACAUGGACACAAGCUAAGGGCUUUAAUUCAGUCAGAUGAGAUCUUUUCAUCUGUUGUAGAUCAUCCUCCUCAGAUUUCUAUUGGAGCAGAGCAUCAAGCUUAUGUUCCAGAGUGGGGCUCACAGGAUUGGACGAGCUCCUCUGAUAAGGUAGAUGGAUCAGAUCCUCAAGGUCCUGUUGCACAAGCUCUUGAUGAUGAUGAUGAAGGUAGCAUGGAGAAGCUGAUGGGAACUUGUAUCAUUCCUAUGCCUGAACUGGAAGCAUCAGCAAGUUGUUACCCUCAAGAUGGAGGAACAAAAAGCGAUUGUAAGUGCAUUGAUAGGGGUUCUAUCAGAUGUGUGAGACAACAUGUCGUGGAAGCAAGACAGAAACUCAAGGACAAUCUUGGACCUGAGAUAUUUGAGGAACUAGGGUUUUGUGAUAUGGGGGACGAGGUAGCGAAGAAAUGGACUGAAGAGGAAGAGGAAAGAUUCCAUGAGGUUGUCCUUUCUAAUCCAGAAUCUCUAGGUAAAAACUUUUGGGACCAUUUCUCUGCUGUUUUUCCUUCCCGAACAAAGAAGGACAUCGUCAGCUAUUAUUUCAAUGUCUUUAUGCUUCGCAAACGUGCUGAGCAGAACCAAUUUGACCCAGAAAACAUUGAUAGUGAUAAUGAUGAGUGGCAACAAAGUGUAGUUGGAGUAGUGGAAGAAGAUGAAGACUCUGUGGUGGAAUCUCCAACUAUUCAAGAUUCUGCUGCUUAUUCGCAGGACCCUGCAGGGCAUUGCCAUGGAAAUAUCGAGGAUGAGGAUGAAAAUGAAACUUCUAAUGAUGGUGCUGAUAUUGGUGCUCAUCAAAUCACAUACAAUGAAGACUAUGAGGAAAAUGUUGAAGAUAUUGGAGUUUCAAAUGUUGGGGUUUCUGCUGGUGAUGGUGGUGAUGAUGGUUGUUUGCAUUUUGGUAAUUUUAAACAAAGAAAUGGUGAUAAUAAUGAUAUUGAAGAUGACUCAUGCACUUCGUUUGAGUUUCAGCAAGACAAGGUUGAUUGCGGUCGUGCUUCUGACAUAGGAACAAAUGCAAAACAGUUCAAUCAGGAGCGAUAUGGUGGGUGACUACAUGUUUGUUCUGGUUUGUUUGUAAAUGUGGCUAGCUUUACAUGUUUGGAUGUUAAUUUGACAUGUGAAAGGAGUUGAUCUUAUUACUGAUUGCCUUUGGAAAGUAGAGAAUUACAGAGGAAGCUUUUAGAGCAGACACUGGCAAAACUACCACUUACGGCUGGUGAAUGCAGAGAAUUAAAGGCCUUUGAGUAUAAAAUUCUGCAGAUGUUUUUAAAAUGUGUUCCAAGGGGGGUGCCAUUGCACCAAUGUAAAGUAGUUUGUUGAACUUGGUUGAUGUCCUUGGUGUUGUCAAAGAAACUCCUGGGAACUUUAAUUCAGCUACAGGUAGCAAUAACAUUCAUGCAGGACACGAGUCGAGUUGUUUAUGUUCUCUGGAUGAGUACUAGGGAAAAUAAAGAUAUAUCGGCCUCAUGUCGACCGGGUUGAAGGCGGGUUCUUCAGUGGAGUCUCAAAUUGUAGGGUUUUCCUGGGGUAAUGUACUAAUGUUUGCUACUUGACAUGAAAAUUUGUCUUCUACUUUUCGUGUCCA